AUGGAUCUUCUAUCUGUCUUACCUGGCUUUGCGACAAGACCCUACGCGCACAUUUUGCCCCCUCUCGAACGUGGCAAGAUCUCCACGGUCGACCUUAUCACCCUCGACACGCUCGAAAUCGCGAAACGCGCUCAUGUGCCCCCCGCAGACGUCCGGCGGCUGUCCGCCAGCAUCGUCGAGGCUCUACACGGCGAUCUCGGAUUCGAAAAGACACCGAUGAAUACAGGAUCAAACGGAGAAGAGCCACCAAGCUCGAGCAUCACCGGUGAUGCGGUGAGUUUCGGUCUCGGUCCCGCCACCAAGCUUCAGACGUCGCGAUGGAACGCGAUCAGUACCAUGGACUCCGCGUUGGAUGCGCUUUUAGGAGGAGGAAUACCGACAGGUUAUGUGACGGAGGUGACCGGCGAGAGUGGGAGCGGCAAGACCCAAUUCCUCCUCGGCCUCCUUCUCGCCGUACAACUGGACAAGCCACAUGGGCUUAAGAAACGUGCCAUUUAUAUCUCAACCGAACACCCACUGGCGACGGGUCGCCUAUCUCAGCUGAUAGAAUGCCAUCCCUAUCUCUCGAGCCUCCCCGCAGACCAGGCACCGUCGUUAGGGAAUGUACUCUCCGUCAAUGCUAUGGACUUGGAGAGUCAGGACCAUAUCAUAAACUACCAACUCCCGGUCGCUAUUUCGCGUUACGACGCCGGCCUUGUGAUCAUCGACUCCAUCACCUCCAACUACCGCGCCGAACAUUCCUCCAACAACAUGAUCACUAUGUCAAACCGGUCCACCGAGCUUGCGAAACUGGGUCAGGUGCUGCGGAAUCUUGCCGCGAAGGAGGACAUUGCCAUCGUGGUAGCAAACCAGGUUUCGGAUCGCUUCGAACCCGUAGACAGUGGUGCUGACUCUGCCUUCCGGCCAGGCUUCCCGGCUGUACUAAGUCAGAGCACUGCUCUAGCGGCACGGGAAUCAACCAAUUCCUCGCCAUUAUCAAGAAACAGAGUAGAUUCAGGGCUUGCUGAUAACCUCGUUUCUUCAUCGUCUCCGGCAUCUUCACAAUUUGCUGCGCAAGAAGAUGACCAGUUUGAUGGCUCCUACAUCAUUGGCAAUCCAGCUCGCAACAGUAUUUUGAGUCUACUGCAUCAAGAACGGUUCUUCACUGGAUGGGGCGAUGGCCUCUACUCAGAAGCUUCGCCCAAGACCCCGGCUCUAGGAUUUUUCUGGUCCACGCAAAUUGCAUGUCGUAUUGCCUUGAAAAAAGAGGACACGCGCACUGUAGUUGCUCCUUGGGGUAAUGGCAUCUACCCUCUGUCUACCCCCAGGGAGCAGACAGACCCUCAGUCGCAAAGUCAAGCAGGAAGGCCACAAGUUUCCAAGCCUGUGGUUUCCUCUGCUCGGGAAGUUCACACGGCAGAGACAGUCGCAAAACCCAAAUCUCCGGAUAGCAGAGACCAGCUCCAGAAUGCUUCUGAGAAAGCAGUGCCUUCACAGAAACAAAAAGCCCCAGAACAGCCGGAGCACAUAACACGACGGAGAAUGAAGCUCGUCUUCGCUCCUUGGACAUCAGGGUCGGUGAAGCCGCUCAAAGAAGAAUAUGGCGCAGUGACCCAACCAUUGAAUGGAAGGAACAACGAGAUAGAAUUCGAGAUCUGGAAAGGUGGUCUGCGAACUGCACGCCCCGAAGUAUGA